AUGAAAGCCAUGCUUCGCGGUUUAUUUCAUAAUGGACCCUUUCGCACAGUACGGGUUCUGACACGAUUACCUCAAUGCCAAUGCCAAAGAUGGCCUGUAUACAACCACCACCGGCUCUUUUCCCUCUCCGCACCGGCACACGAUAAACCGCUCCCUCCGCGUCUUAAAAUCAGCGAUGCCGAUCUGACCAUUUCCUAUCUCAAGGGCACAGGCCCUGGGGGGCAAAAAAUUAACAAAACCAAUUCCGCCGUGCAGAUAAUCCACAAACCCACUGGUAUUGUCGUCAAGUCGCAAGCGACCCGCUCGCGGUCUCAGAAUGAGAAAAUUGCAAGGCAAUUGCUUGCGGAUCGCGUUGAGGAAUUGGAAAAAGGGGACCAGAGUCGGACUGCCAUCAAGGCGGAGCGGGCCAAGAAGAAAAAGGCCAGUAAAUUGAAGAAGACGCGGAGGAAGUAUCGUGAGCUAGAGGACAAGGAGGUCGAGAGCGAUGAGGGUGAGGAGCAUGAUUCUGUUUCGCCAUCGGGAGACCAACCACCACCAGAGACACAAGGCCGGUGA